AUGCAACAGGCAGUACAGACGCAGUUUAACUACAAGGUCAAGUUCAUCGACAUCAUGGCAGUACAGACGCAGUUUAACUACAAGGUCAAGUUCAUCGACACGAUGGUGCACGGAAAUUUUCGACAGCAUCGCUCAAGGCAUUCUACGACGAUCAAGGAAUCGAGCAGCAAGUUGCCGUUCCACAUGCGCAUCAGACUAACGGCACAGCGGAACGGGCAAUUCGGACCAUUGUGA